AUGGCUGAUUAUGCGGCUGGUUAUCCUACCUUCUAUGAAGCGUUAGCCUUCUUUAGGAACAGGAUUGCCGUCAUGCAGAUGCAGAGUCAUCAUCCGUUGACCUCCUCACCUCCCUAUGUGGCUGCAGGGGAGGAGGAGGUGUGGAGUGAAGCUGCAUGGUACUCCUAUUAUGCUGCCGAGGAGUCAUCCGAGGCUGCAGAGGAGUCAUCCGGGGCUGCAGAGGAGCCAUCCGGGGCUGCAGAGAAGUCAUCCAAGGCUGCAGAGGAGUCAUCCGAGGCUGCAGAGGAGUCAUCCGAGGCUGCAGAGGAGUCAUCCGAGGCUGUAGAGGAGUCAUCCGAGGCUGCAGAGGAGUCAUCCGAGGCAGAAACGUCAGAUGAUGCUGAAGCCUCAGGGUACACGUCCGAAGCCUCAGUGGAUCAUUCCGCUUCCACUGAGGGCCUCGUUGAGGCUGCAGUGGUUUCCUCUGACGCUGCGGGUGAUGCUUCUAAGAAGGCUUCACAGACGGAGAGCAGCGCCAGCAGCAGCUUCAGCAACAGUGCAAGCAAGGAGAGCGUUGUUUAUCACAGGCUCUACAGCACGGGAGAAUACAUUGACUGCAGUCGUUUCAGCUUUGCCUUUGCUUGGGCAAACGUCACCAGAGACGUGCUCAGCGGUGUCUACAGCACCUUGAAGAAGGGCAGAAAUGAAGGCUCAGAAACGGCAGCAACGUUGUCCACAGCAGUUUCUGUUGACGUGGGAGGUGCUGUGGCUGCUGACGUGAGAGGUGCUGUGGCCGCUGACGUGGGAGGUGCUGUGGCUGCUGACGUGGGAGGUGCUGUGGCUGCUGACGUGGGAGGUGCUGUGGCUGCUGACGUGGGAGGUGCUGUGGCAGCUGACGUGGGAGGUGCUGUGGCAGCUGACGUGGGAGGUGCUGUGGCAGCUGACGUGGGAGGUGCUGUGGCAGCUGACGUGGGAGGUGCUGUGGCUGCUGACGUGGGAGGUGCUGUGGCAGCUGACGUGGGAGGUGCUGUGGCUGCGAAAGUGAAAUUGGCAGCAGCCAGCCUGACUCCGCCGCUGCCUUCACGCAUCCCCAAGCCUGGCACUGGAUGCUCUGCCAGCAAGGCUCGGGCAAGGACGACAGCAGCAAGUGAAAACCUGCUGCCGUCCCUCAUUCCCAAGCUACGGGUCAGCAGGAAAGCCAUGCCAGCAGUGGAGGCUUCUUCAAGGGCUGCUGAUCCUGUGGUAACCCGUGCUGUAGUCACAGCAAGCAGCAGCUCAGGCGGGCAGGAGGAGAGGAGGAAUGGCAGUGUGUGGUGCAGAGGGAACCGGCCUAUCGGGGUGAGCAAGGCAGCAGCAGCAGCAAGGCCUCCUUGGAGGCCGUGA